AAUUUGCACAAAUUUAAUUUCUAUUGUUUUACAUUUUGGUAUUCAGUAAAUUUUUAUGUUUUUACUCGCAUUCAUUAAAAAACCCCAGAAUGAUAUUAGUACGUAAAACAAUUAAUUCAAAAAUCAUUUUCCAAUAAAAAAAUUAAAUAAAUAAAUAAAUAAAUAACGAAUAAAGUGAGAUAAGAUCUUGAACAAAAAAAUUUUUGGAGUCAUCAGGUGCUAUCGACAGCUUUGGUACAAUUAUUAAUGUUUACGGUAAACCACGAAUGUUGAAGAUAAAUAUGAAAAGUAUUUUACUUGCUAUGUAUAUGAAAAAGCGUCUAACAUGUGUAUUAACAAAAAACUAAACGUCAUUUACUAAACAGCGUUGGUUAAUAAAGAGAAAAAAAAGAGGGAAAAAAAGCAAACAAAUCAUCAUAAAAAUAUGAGUGAUGCUGUAGAUGAAAAACCACAAACGGCAAGCGGUCUAGAAACCGCCAACAGUACACUCAAUUUAAUCGGACAAAAUACUGAAGAUGAUGAUGAUGAUGAUGAUGCAGAGUACGUUUGCGAAACACAUCCGAGAGAACGCAAUCGGUCACGUACACGCAAUGCUACUUUGGAACCACGUACUAAACGCGAUCAUUCUUCUGAUGGUGUCAUGCAUCGCGGCAUGAGAGCGUCAGAAGCAGAUGCUAAAGAAUUUAUGGGCAAUAAUAACGAACGUCGCCGUGACAGCUUGCACUGUGAGGAUACCAGUCCUAGCAGUCAUAGCACAUUCGCCAAAUCAAUAUUAGGACGCUCGUUACGUUUGCCGUGCAGUGUUGGUACAACAACAAGAAAAUGUGUACUAACACUGGACGGUUACUCCUAUGUUAUUGUUGCUAGUUCACCAGAAAGUCUAGCUAAACGAGAGGAUCCAGCGGUUACGAGCGGAGGUGGUGGUGGUGCUGGUUCGAAUUUGCCGUCAAUAGCAAGUGUCGGUAACUCCACUCCAUAUACUUGCACCGAAGAGCGACAUUCCGCGGCUGAUAAUAAUUGCAUUGCAAAUAGCACAACACAUACGCAAUCGACUAGAGACGGUGCCAACUUUGACGAUAAAACUACAAGUCCAGCAAUAGUUAACGACGGGAUUACACUUGAGGCGAACAUCAAUGCAAUUACAAAUAGCGAUUGUUCCAGUUUAAAUGGUCAAGUUGCAAAGCACGGAGGUCUUACUAUUGUUCGGCGUUCUAAUAGUCGGAAAAGUUUCGCACACAACGAGACUACUCAUCACUUAAUUUCGCCGACAACCACAGCCAAUGAGCAAUUGGUUACAAAAUCCGUCUCAGUCACCGCAGACAAUCUUAGUGGAACAAAUAAGCAAACGGCCGGCGACAGUCGUUUAAUAGAAUUGUCAGUUGAUACGACUGCAGGUGCUGCUGCUGCAAUUCCACUUCGUUUACACUCCGCGGAUUCAACGGAAAAGUUUAAUCGAGAAUUUGACGAAAUGCAUCCCUCAUCAUCUGCGAGUAGUACUGUGCAAUUUAAUAUACCAAAUCCUAGUCCCCCACUAGCUGAACGUUCGAGACAUUCAAACAUGCCAGGAUCGAGUGAGCUAACGAAGCCCAAAAUCGAUGUAACACCAACGGAGUAUGUUCCAGCGACAAAAGUUUCAAGCGUUGACUUAAGUACCGAAAACUUACCAGCUGUCGAUACACCAGAUGCCUGCGAUAAAGCCGCAAUAAGGUUACGAUGUAUGUUACGAUUGUUAAAUUCUGGCGAUAUAAGCCCAGAUAUUUUGCAAAAGAAUUUGCAUUAUGCAGCGCGUGUACUUGAAUGCGUCUUCCUCGAUGAGUCCAAUGAGGGAGGAAAUCCAUUGAGACUGCAAAAGCAUAACGGUAGCGUCAAGGAUACCGAUAUCGGCACGGAAAGAAAUGAAACAAAACAACAAACUCCCACUCGAGGAAAUGAUUCCUUGAUAGAUAAUCAAAGCAAUAGUAGCAUAAUGGGGCGUACUAAAGGUGUUUGUUUAGCGCCACGAACUCAUAGUGGCCCAACAGGACCACCGUCCUCAUCCAAGGAAACACAAGCACUAGAGGAAGAAAGUGCACAAAUUACCACCGCUCAAAACGUGACAGAAAGUACCGCAAAUACCUGCUCCUUAACAAAAACAAAUACAACAACUACAACGGAAACCGUCAUGCAUGAGCAUAAAGGAAACAGUGCGGCUAGCAGUAGCAGUAGCGGUAAUAAACUAACCAUACAAAGACAAAAACGCCUGCGCACACCUAUUUGGGCUAGAUCAACGACGAAUGAUAAAACACGUCUUGCCGAUGAGGACGAUGAAUUAUCUGAGGUUCAGCCAGACGCUGUACCGGCCGAAGUUCGUGAAUGGCUGGCUUCCACGUUUACACGACAAAUGGCCACUUCGCGACGCAAGAACGACGAUAAACCGAAGUUUCGUACAGUGGCUCAUGCCAUACGUGCCGGAAUCUUUGUGGAUCGCAUGUAUAGACGGGUGAAUACCACCACACUGCUACAAUUUCCAGAGGAUGUGGUUAAAACGCUUAAGAAUCUCGAUGAUUGGUCAUUUGAUAUUUUCCAUUUGGCUGAAGCAACUAAUGGUCAACCGAUUAAGUAUUUGGCUUAUGAUUUGUUCAGCCGUUAUGGACUUAUACCUAAAUUUAAAAUACCACCAGCUACAUUGGAAACGUUUCUGCAUCGGGUCGAGGAAGGCUAUUGUCGUUAUCGUAAUCCAUAUCACAACAACUUGCAUGCGGCCGAUGUUACCCAAACUACGCAUCAUAUGCUAUGCCAGACGGGUCUAAUGAAUUGGUUAACUGACUUGGAAAUUUUUGCUACAAUACUCGCUGCCAUAAUUCAUGAUUUCGAACACACGGGCACCACCAAUAAUUUUCAUGUCAUGUCGGGCUCCGAAACGGCUUUACUAUACAAUGAUCGGGCCGUUUUAGAGAAUCAUCAUAUUAGCGCUGCAUUUCGUUUGCUCAAAAAUGAAGACUGUAACAUUUUGUCUCGCUUAUCGCGCGAAGAAUACCGUGAAAUGCGCUCUCUCAUCAUUGAAAUGGUUCUGGCAACUGAUAUGAGUUGUCAUUUUCAGCAGCUGAAAAAUAUGCGUAAUUUGUUGACCCUAAACGAGGCUACUGUCGAUAAGCCGAAAGCAUUGUCUUUAGUAUUGCAUUGUUGUGACAUUUCUCAUCCCGCCAAACGUUGGAAUCUUCAUCAUCGCUGGACGAUGUUAUUGUUGGAAGAAUUCUUUCGUCAGGGUGAUCUAGAACGCGAAUUAGGUUUGCCAUUUAGUCCACUAUGUGAUCGCAACAAUACAUUGGUCGCUGAGUCACAAAUUGGUUUCAUCGAUUUUAUUGUCGAUCCCAGUAUGACAAUUAUGUCGGAUAUGUUGGAGCACAUUUUAUCUACGAUAAAUGUAAGUCCAGUCGAAGAGCCAAGCACGGAUACCGAUCCGUUAUCCGCUUUUUCCAAACGGCACUCCGCACGAAGGCACAAAAUACUCAAACCAUGGGCCAUUUGGUUAGCAGAAAAUAAAAAAAUUUGGAAAGAACAAGCUAUUAAAGAUGCUGCGGCCAGACUAACGGAUAAAAUCGAAAAAGUUGAAACCGUAGAGAGUGAGAAUGCAGAAGAUACGGGAAAGGCGGAGCAGUAAAUAGCAGCAUAAACAUUUCUUGAUUACAUUGUAAGUGAAAAUAGCAGCAAAUUAUAAAUUAAAAAAAAAAAAAAAAAAAAAA